AUGUCUAACUUAAAUCCUGGUGAGCUUGGCGAUUUGACGGACGCUUCAAAGAAAGAGAUUGCUGCUUAUCUUGAUGCUGAGAAUUCUAAGCAGAAAGUUAGGACAUCGAUUAACCAAUUCACAGAUAUUUGUUUCAAGAAAUGUAUCUCCAGAGUCGAUAACGGAAAUCUGAGCUCUCAGGAGGAAGAAUGUUUGGCCUCUUGCGUCAACAGAUUUCUGGAUACUAAUAUAAGAGUGGUCAGAGGAUUGCAAAACUCUCAAUGA